GCAGACUAGAAGACCUUCGACCACCACCAUCAUUCGUAUACCGGUAGUUGGGGUGGGAGUACUUGAAUCAGGGAUGCCGCAUCUGCACUUUUGAACAUUCCAAAUCUCCCCUCGCCAUCAAAACCUCCCGGUCAACUUUAUUACGGAGUAUAUGUUUUGUGAAACCAUCAUAAAGCUGAAUCCCUGAAGUUUUGUUUCUUGCGCCAAUCAGAAUCAGCCCUGCAUCUUCGCACUCACUUGUCACCGACAACGACCAGGGUCCACCCCCAAAAACGAGCUAAAGAAACAACACCCUCCUUCGGUUUAACCGGCGGCCUCUUUGCGCUUUGGCAAGCUAAGCAAUACGUCAACCGCCCACGCCUCUUUUCAAGCAAGUGGACAGUCCACAUCGACUGGGACACUAUUCUUUUUUUCGCCUCUCUAAAAGUCCAGCCUCUGUUAUUGAGCUUCGGUUCCCCUGAACCAAACCUGCUGGAGCUCACCGCACUUUCGGUCCAGGCAGUGCGAGAUCCAUCCAUUGAAUCUGUGUCAGGUCCCCUAAAAAGCUGGCUUCUAACCUGACAAAACCUCUCCGUCUUGCUCCUGUUAGCACGCGCCACAGUGAACCGAGACAGAUAAGAUAUCAAGUGGUCUUGAUCCUGGUCUGGUGAACUACAAUCCAUCAUCACCACAGUCGAAAGUAUAUCAUGGAGGUUGUCUACGUCCAACCUCAAGAUUACUCGGCAUAUCACUCUGGCGACACCAUACGUACAACCCAAUCCACCGAAGACGAGGUCAACAGAAUAAUGGAUUGGAAUUAUGGCCUCGCCAAGACUGAUGCCCCUCGGAGCGUCUACAGUGGUGGCGGCACAAGGACCACCCUAACCCACCGCCCGCGCUAUGUCGACAUGGCCGAUGACCCAAUCCUAUUGCGCCGCAGCGUCACAACCUCGACGAUAAUAGAAGGAUCGCCAUUUGCCUCAUCAUCGGGAUCGCCGCCAAAGGCGGAUAGCAGCAUCUCGGCCUCGUCGGCCGGCAUGUAUGGUCUCUUGGGCGCUGCUGUUGGCGCUGCCGCCGGAGCUGCAAUGACCUAUGGCAUGAUGACUAAGGACCGGUCGCAGGCCCCACGUCAAGAGUUUGGCUCUGAUAGUGGUCCCGUCCCUUCUGUUCAGAGGAGGAGCACUUUUCCUGAACAAAAAGUCAACUUUACAACAGCUCCUCAAUAUCACCACCCACCACCACCAAUGCCUGGUCAGCGCUAUGUCGAGCUCGAGCGUACAGUUGAAAAGAUACGGUACCCGGAGGAUUUUGCCACCAAUGGCCACUACCCUCACCCGCCCGCAUACAUGGCGCGGUACAGCCAGGCCGGGGGCCCCUCAAGUAAAAAGGGAGAUGUGUUUGACGACAGCAAAAGCCGCUACUCGUCUUCUUCCAAGUACCGCGGCGACCGCCUCAUCCGCGAACCCCCAGCCGUGGGACAAGUGCCCCUCCUCUUGACUGAGGCAGAGCACCGCAGCCAUGUCGGCUCUUCCAUCUCAAGGCACAGCACAGUGAAGCCGCCGCCAUCGGAGCAGCGCAGCUACGUCGGCUCCAAGUACGCCCCCAGUACCAAGCCACCUCCCGCGGCUCCCAACCCACCACCUCCAAUGUCCACCACGCGCCGCAGCGCAUAUGAGAGUGCCACAGACCGUGACACAUAUGUCUCUGCGCGCAGUCAUCGCUCCACUAGCACCCUCCGCGCCGACCCCGUGUCGCGCCCCGAGCCCGAGGUUUAUGGCUCUUAUCCGCCCCCGGCCGGCUCGAGCAGAGGUCCGAGAGCAGCCAGCAGGGCCAAGUCGUCGUCCACAAUACGCGGACGGGAUCGCGACCUCAACGAGACGCCAAAGGACCGCUCUCACAGCCGCGCCUCCACCAAGUUUGAGCGCCAGUUCCCCAUGCCCAACAAUCCCGUCGCGCGUCACUACCCGCUCCCACCCUCUCACGACGGCAGGAGUCUCUACUCGGAGGUGCCGCCCCCGAAGAAGAGCCACCGGUCAUCUUCUGGACGCAAGAGCCACCACCGCGACUCCCAGCCGCUGACGCGCAGCGCCCUCGACGACAAUGAUCGUGCGACCUGGGAGGAGUGGGACGAGGAUGACGAUGACGCGGUCAGCCUGGCCCCGAGCGAUAGCAUCAGCUGCGUUGGCAGUAAAAAGAGUAGUCGGUCGCGCCGCUGAGCGUUGACCCAGAUCCAGUGUCCAUAGGAGCAAGCAGGCGAGUAGAGCACCGCCUGUCUAGCGCUCCCCGAGGCGGUUGCUUUUUUUUUUUUUUUUUUUGAGGA